CCGGAAGCAGGAUGGCGGCAGCGGCAGCCGGUCCCGGACCGGGUCUGGCAGACGAGCUGGUGCAGGACGUGAUUCCGUACCGGCGGCGGUCGCGGCUGUUAUGGGGGACGGUGCUGCCCUUCUGCGUGCUGUAUCCGCUCUGGUUGUGGUUCUGGGGACCCUGUGCCUGCGCCUGGGUUUUGAGGAGAGCCAGCGGUACCGCCGAGACGCCCGAAGCCGCGCUGCUCUUCCUUGCCGCCGUCGGAGCUGUGCACCUGCUUACCGCCUUGGCCGGCCUGUGGAGCGUCAACGUCCACUGCUUACUCUACUGCUGUUGGGUGCGCAGUCCCAGGAAAGCCACACUGGCUAAAGUUGUGCCCACACCAAAUAACGGUUCUGCAGAACUGGUGCCUCUCCACAGAGAUCAGGGGGAGGAUGGACAGGAGAUCCUUUCCUUUGAAUUUCAGAAAAUCAAAUAUUUCUGUGAGCUGGAUGAGAAGAAAAAAUUCCUUCCUGUGGCCUUCCCUGUGGAGCAGCCACUACAAUAUUAUCAGAAUGCUCGUGGCUACCAGGAAGACAAAGAGAUCAAAGUGGCAGAAAAGAAAUACGGCACCAACAAGGCAGAGAUGGUUGUUCCAGAAUUCCUUGAACUUUUCAAAGAGAGAGCAACAGCUCCUUUCUUCGUCUUUCAGGUCUUCUGUGUAGGACUGUGGUGCCUGGAUGAAUACUGGUACUACAGCGUCUUCACACUUUUCAUGCUGGUGGCUUUUGAAGCAUCUCUUGUCCAGCAGCAAAUGAGGAACAUGUCAGAGAUUCGCAAGAUGGGCAACAAACCCUACAUGAUCCAGGUUUACAGAAACCGGAAGUGGCGACCAAUCUCCAGUGAUGAAAUAAUUCCAGGGGACAUUGUGUCAGUCGGCCGCUCUCCCCAUGAGAACCUCGUGCCCUGUGACAUGCUGCUGCUGAGGGGAAGGUGCAUUGUGGAUGAAGCCAUGUUGACCGGAGAAUCAGUGCCUCAGAUGAAGGAGCCAAUUGAGGAGCUGGAUCCAGAACACAUUCUGGACAUGCAGUUGGAUUCCAGGUUGCACAUCAUCUUUGGGGGAACAAAAGUUGUGCAGCACAUCCCUCCACAGAAAGCCACCACAGGCCUGAAAUCCGUUGAUAAUGGAUGUGUGGCCUAUGUUCUGAGAACAGGCUUCAAUACAUCUCAGGGGAAGCUUCUGCGUACAAUCCUGUUCGGAGUGAAGCGGGUGACAGCCAACAACUUGGAGACCUUCAUCUUCAUCCUAUUCCUGCUUGUCUUUGCCAUUGCUGCUGCAGCGUAUGUAUGGAUUGAAGGCACCAAGGAUCCCAACAGGAACCGUUACAAGCUCUUCCUGGAAUGCACCUUAAUCCUCACCUCAGUUGUUCCCCCUGAACUCCCCAUUGAGCUCUCUUUGGCCGUCAACACCUCACUCAUUGCUCUUGCCAAAUUGUAUGUUUAUUGCACAGAACCAUUCCGCAUCCCCUUUGCAGGCAAGGUCCAGAUCUGCUGCUUUGACAAAACGGGCACACUCACCAGCGACAACCUGGUGGUGAGGGGCGUGGCUGGGCUUAGAGAUGGGAAAGAUGUGACUCCAGUGUCCGACAUUCCCAUUGAAACACACCGGGUCAUUGCCACCUGUCACUCCCUGAUGCAGCUGGAUGAUGGGUCACUGGUGGGUGACCCACUGGAGAAAGCCAUGCUCACUGCUGUGGAGUGGACUCUGACCAAAGAUGAGAAAGUUUUCCCCCGAAGUAUUAAAACUCAGGGACUGAAAAUUCACCAGCGCUUUCAUUUUGCCAGUGCCCUGAAAAGAAUGUCGGUCUUGGCUUCCUAUGAGAAGGUCGGCUCCACUGAUCUCUGUUACAUUGCAACUGUGAAGGGGGCCCCAGAGAUGCUGCAUGGAAUGUUUUCUCAGUGCCCAAGCAGCUACAACAGUAUCCACACAGAGAUCUCUCGGGAGGGAGCCAGGGUCUUGGCGCUUGGCUACAAGGAAUUGGGACACCUCACUCAUCAGCAGGCACGAGAGAUGAAGCGGGAGGCACUGGAGUGUGACCUGCGCUUUGUGGGCUUCAUUGUGGUAUCCUGUCCUCUCAAAGUGGACUCCAAGCCAGUCAUCCGUGAGAUCCUGAAUGCCUCGCAUCAUGUAGUGAUGAUAACAGGUGACAACCCUCUGACUGCUUGCCACGUUGCCCAAGAAUUGCACUUCACCCAAAAGGAGCAGACCCUCAUUCUGCAGCCACCUAGUAAAAAAGGUUCGAACUGGCAGUGGCAGUCCAUCAGUGGGACCAUCACUCUUCCAGCUGCCCCACAGUCACUGCAGGAGCUGACCAGAAAUCACAACCUGUGUAUCACCGGGGAGGGCCUCUCUCAGCUGCAAGCUGUGGACCCACAGCUGCUGCUUGGGCUCAUUCCACACGUGCAGGUCUUUGCACGUGUUGCACCCAAGCAAAAGGAGUUUGUGAUCACCACACUGAAGGGACUUGGCUAUGUGACGUUGAUGUGUGGGGAUGGGACCAAUGAUGUGGGGGCUCUGAAGCACGCUGAUGUGGGGGUGGCUUUACUGGCCAAUGCACCUGAACGCAUCCCUGAGCGCAGGAAGCGGCCUCGUGAUGGGCCCACUGAUGGGAGACCUGCUUUGCCCGCUUCGGUGGUUGGAAGCAACAUGAGGCCCACGUCCCGGGCAGCCAAGCACAGAGUCAUGCUGCAUCGGGAGGAGCAGCUUGCCAUGCAGCGGGAGAGGAUCAGUCAGGUGCUGAAGGAUCUGGAGGAGGAGCAAGUACCCAUUGUGAAGCUGGGUGAUGCCAGCAUUGCAGCUCCCUUCACCUCCAAGCUCUCUUCUAUACAGUGCAUCUGUCAUGUGAUCAAGCAGGGCCGCUGUACCCUGGUCACUACAUUGCAGAUGUUCAAGAUCUUGGCGUUGAAUGCACUCAUCUUGGCCUACAGCCAGAGUGUCCUUUAUUUGGAAGGGGUGAAGUUCAGUGACUUCCAGGCAACACUGCAGGGCCUGCUGUUGGCCGGCUGCUUCCUUUUCAUCUCCAGGUCCAAGCCUCUGAAGACACUCUCCCGGGAGCGUCCACUCCCCAACAUCUUCAAUCUCUACACAGUUCUUACAGUGAUGUUGCAGUUUAUGGUCCACUUUGUCAGCCUCAUUUAUCUAUAUCGAGGUGCACAGGCCCGCAGUGAACCCAAGAAAGACGACUUUGUGGAUCUCUACAAAGAAUUUGAACCCAGUUUGGUGAACAGCACUGUUUACAUUAUGUCUAUGGCUAUGCAGAUGGCUACAUUUGCCAUUAAUUAUAAGGGCCAUCCAUUCAUGGAAAGCCUGCGGGAAAACAAGCCCCUGCUAUGGAGCAUCAUCCUGUCAGGACUGGCCAUUGUAGCCCUUUUGACAGGCUCUUCCCCAGAGUUCAGCGAACAGUUUGGACUAGUAGAAAUUCCAACAGAGUUUAAACUAGUGAUCACUCUAGUUCUGCUGGCCAACUUCUUCACUGCUCUACUCAUAGACAGGGUCCUGCAGUUCCUUUUGGGCAGCACAAAGCUCAAAGUGCCUUCUUGAGGUGGAUCCCCUCCUCUGGUGGAAGUGAUGAAGACACAACGGAACAACCAGCAGGCAACUUCCCAUUGUGUCACUCUGGAAAUCACAACAAAGGCUGUGCAAGAGGUGACAUUAACUUUAACAUGUCUGCCAAACAUGGCAGCAACUGUUGACUUUUGUACUGCCCCAACACUCCUGGACAGGUGGUCAUGGGAUUUGGUAAUUAAAUGGCAAUCAAUGCAUUUUGAAA